AUGGGUUUUCUGGAGGCAUUUGGAUACUAUGGAGGAGGGCGAUUUCUUUGGAUAUCCUUGUGGCGUCGAAUCAGUUUGUUCACGGAUAGUAGUAAGCGAAGUAGGAUUUGGGAUCAAGUGAGAGCUCUGGAGCCGGAAGAUAAUAUGCCUUGGGUGAUUGGUGGUGACUCCUAUGCGAUCUGUAGUACUUCUGAGAGGCAAGGGGGAUCAAGCAAAAGAUCGAGAGUGUGUCCUCACUUCUGUAAUUUUAUGUUUCUCUGUGGAUUAGUGGAUAUGGGAUUUGAUGGUCCAAAAUACACGUGGCAACGUGGAGACCUUUGCCAGCUUCUAGAUCGAUGUUUAUGCAUUUCACGAUGGACUGAUGUCUUUUGUUCAUCUACUAUUUCUCAUUUGAAGAGAAUUGGAUCAGACCAUAGACUUUUACUUUUGUCUACAAAUGAAAUUCGUGCAGCGAAUGGUAGAAGGCUUUUCCGUUUUGUCGAUGCAUUGAUUGAUCAUCCGGAUUUUGAGAGAUUACUGAAGGAUUCUUGGUCGAAUGAUGGACCUUUCUUCGAAAAUCUUCUGAAGCCCCAGGAAGCAAGUCAAACUUGGAAUAAAGAGGUGUUUGGGCACGUUGGUAAGCGGAAGACGUUUCUCCUAGCUCGAAUCCGUGGAAUUGAAAAGGCUCUUGAACAGAGAUCCUCAACGUUUCUUCUAAACUUGGAGGUGGAACUGAAGGGGGAACUUGGCGUAACUCUUGAGCAAGAAGAAAAAUAUGUUACCAAAAGUCGAGAAGUAAGUGCAGGGCCGGCUUUGACUUUUUCUUGGCCCGGGGUAAAAUUAAAAUAA